CAAGAUUGCUUUUAUAUAUCAUUAGUCAAAUGAGGAAAUGUUAAUUGUAAUUAGAAACAAUAAGUAUAAUUAAGGAACAUUAACGCAACGCGACAGCUACAGGGUCGAAAUAUGAGUAUCUAGGGAAUGAUCGUGGCGAGCGGUCGUGUUCGGUGCAGUGUUACCAAUAAACCACCUACUCUGCAUUUGUGAUUGCCAAGCGGGGCCAAGAGAGUUCACUGUCGCUCAAGUGUCUAGGGGUCAUUGCCGCAAAACCGAUAUAUCAGGUUGCAUUUUCAAACAGGUCAGAAAUAAAUUCUGUGUUCCACAAUGAGGCAUAGAAUUCCUAUGAUAUUGUUGCAAUUAAUUAUUUCCUUUGCGAUUUACCUUUGCGAGGAUUCGACCAGCUCAGUGCCUUCUGUCAUACAACUUAAGGAACUUGUCCAAGGAAGUGAACAUGAAGCAAAAUCACCACGUUUCAGACGUAAUAUCAGCAUAGUCGGAAAUGAGUUUAUGCUAGAAAAUACGCCAUUUCGCAUCAUGUCCGGAUCAAUACAUUACUUCCGAGUGCCUCACGAAUAUUGGCGCGAUAGAUUAAGGAAGUUGAAGGCGGCCGGUCUUAAUUCUGUAUCCACGUAUGUUGAAUGGAGUAGCCACGAGCCCGAAGAAGGGAUAGAAUCAUUUUCAGGGGACAAUGACAUAGUCAAAUUUCUGAACAUAGCUCAAGAGGAAGGAUUACACGUGUUAUUUAGACCUGGACCUUAUAUUUGCGCUGAAAGAGAUCUGGGCGGCUUCCCGUAUUGGCUGCUUGGGAAAUAUCCUCAUAUACAAUUGCGUACUACUGACACAGAUUUCAUCAACGAAACAAAAAGAUGGUUCGAUAAGCUUUUUGCACUAGUAAAGCCCUUGCUUUACGGAAAUGGCGGCCCAGUGAUUUUAGUUCAAGUUGAAAAUGAGUACGGGAGUUAUGGUGCCAGUAAAAAGUAUAUGGAAAAACUACGCGACAUCAUUUCUGAACAUGUUGAAGACAAUGCGAUUUUGUACACAACAGAUGGCAUGUAUAGAUCAUAUUUUUAUGAUGGAUCUGUGAGCGGGGUUCUGACUACAAUCGAUUUUGGUCCAAUGGACAGCGUGACCAAGGCAUUCCAAGAGCUACGCAGAUUUAUGCCAUCUGGCCCUCUUAUGAACUCGGAAUAUUACCCGGGCUGGCUUACUCAUUGGACUGAGGACCUUCAGCAAGUAUCAUCUGAUCGAGUGGUGUACACUCUACGAGAUAUGUUAGAGCACAACAUUAAUUUCAACUUCUAUAUGUUCCAUGGAGGGACCAAUUUCGGAUUUACAUCUGGUGCAAACUACGGCAGUUUUUAUCAGCCAGACAUAACAUCAUAUGAUUAUGAUGCACCGAUCUCAGAAGCCGGCGACCCAACACCAAAAUACUUUGCUAUCCGAGACGCUAUUACUAAGUUCAAUCCAGAGGUCAAAAAUGUGCCUCCUCCAACAAUUUCGAAGAAAGGCGCAUACGGUGCGGUCAACCUAACCCCUAAAGUAGAACUUUUAUCAAAUGAUGGCCGUACGAAUUUGGGUAAAAAAUACAACACAGUAACGGGGAAAAAGUUGCCAACUUUUGAAGAAUUGAAACAAUUCUCCGGCUUGAUGCUAUAUGAGACAUCAUUGAAUGGAAAUGGUUUAUUGGAAAUUAGAAAACCAAGGGAUUGGAUUUUUGUUUACGUUGAUAAUCGCUUCCAAGGUGUGAUAAAUCGCAGAUACAAAGCGUAUUCAUUGAAUAUUGAGUCAAGUGGCAGGUCAUCUUUAUCAUUGCUCGUAGAAAAUCAGGGACGAAUCAAUUAUGGGCCUAAACUGCAUGAUUAUAAGGGAAUCUUAAGUACUGUAGUGUUCAACAAUAAAACCUUGGAAGGGCCGUGGGCAAUAACAGGUUAUCCUUUAGAUAAAAGAACUGAGCAGGUACAAGAAUCUUUGUAUGAACCAACGGCUUGCUCCCCAAUAUUGUUCACUGGUGACUUUAUUUUACCGCCUGAAGAACCUUUGGAUACGUUUGUGGAUAUGACUGGUUGGGGAAAGGGUUACAUUACAAUAAACGGCCGUCUACUUGGAAGAUAUUGGCCUGAAGCUGGUCCUCAAGCAACGUUAUACGUCCCUGGAGUGUGGCUAAACCCUGCGCCUGCGCAAAAUUCUUUUAGAAAAAUGUGCGACAAUAAUGAGCUGAGUUGUGAAGUGGGGCCGCCAUGCAGCCUGGUCCUUGCUGAUGGAUCCGUCUUUCAGGGUCGUAGUUUUGGAGCCCAAGUACCUGUUGAAGGGGAAGUUGUGUUUCAAACUGGUAUGGUGGGAUACCCAGAAUCUUUAACGGACCCCUCCUACCACGCCCAGUUGCUAGUACUGACCUAUCCCCUCAUCGGUAACUAUGGAGUGCCUGAUGAAAACGACUAUGAUGAACAUGGCUUACCCAGAUUUUUUGAAUCUACCCGCAUAUGGGCAACAGCUCUCAUCGUUGGCCAAGUUAGCACCGCCGCAUGUCAUUGGCGAGCUAAAAAAUCAUUAGGCAAAUGGCUUGCUAGUAAGGGUGUACCUGGAUUAUGCGAAGUUGAUACUAGGGCUCUUACAUUCCGACUUCGAGAAGGUGUGACUUUGGGAAGAAUAGUUCAAGGUGUGCCCCCUUUUACAGUAAUGGCACCUUUGACUGAUCCCAAUACGAGGAACUUGGUUGCAGAAGUUUCUAUUAAGGAGCCUCGGAUAUUUAACCCUAAAGGAGAUAUUACCAUAGUGGCUGUGGAUUGUGGAUUGAAAUAUAAUCAAAUUAGAUGUUUAAUAAAAAGAAACGCAAAGGUAAUAUUAGUGCCAUGGAAUUAUAAAUUUGAUACAGAACAAUAUGACGGAAUUUUCAUUAGUAAUGGACCAGGUGAUCCAGAAGUUUGCAAGGUCACGGUAGACAAUUUGCGACAGAGACUACAGGACAAAAAAAAUGUUAAGCCAAUCUUCGGUAUUUGCUUGGGUCAUCAGUUAUUGGCUACUGCAGCGGGCUGUAAGACAUAUAAGACUCGAUACGGAAAUCGUGGACACAAUUUACCUUGUACGCACAAUGGAACUGGUCGCUGUUUUAUGACGUCACAGAACCACGGAUUCGCGGUAGAUGAUAAGACACUACCAGAGAACUGGGAUAUACUUUUUACUAAUGAGAACGAUAAAACUAAUGAAGGCAUUUCUCAUAAAUCUUUACCAUACUUCAGCGUUCAAUUUCAUCCUGAGCAUACAGCGGGACCAACCGAUUUAGAAUGUCUUUUUGAUGUUUUUAUUGAUUUAGUAAAGCUAUACAAAAACAAAAAGCAAGCUGUUGUAAAUGAAUUGAUUAUAGAUAAACUUAAAUAUACGCCUGUACUACAAGAUAGACCUAAAAAAGUAUUAAUUUUGGGGUCUGGAGGGCUUUCAAUAGGACAAGCUGGUGAAUUUGACUAUUCAGGUUCGCAAGGUGUUAAAGCUAUGCAAGAAGAAAAGAUUCAAACUGUCUUGAUCAACCCUAAUAUUGCGACAGUUCAAACGUCGAAAGGAUUAGCUGAUAAAGUAUAUUUUCUGCCCAUUACUCCCGAAUAUGUUGAACAAGUUAUUAAAGCCGAGCGCCCAACGGGUGUCUUACUCACAUUUGGAGGACAAACGGCUCUUAAUUGUGGGGUUGAAUUAGAAAAAAGUAAAAUAUUUGAUAAGUAUAACGUCAAUGUACUGGGUACUCCAAUACAAUCCAUUGUUGACACAGAAGAUCGAAAAAUAUUCGCUGAAAAAAUUAACGCUAUAGGAGAAAAAGUGGCACCAAGUGCUGCAGUUUCAUCUGUAGAAGAAGCUUUAACAGCAGCGUUGCAAAUCGGCUAUCCAGUUAUGGCACGCUCUGCUUUCUCUCUUGGUGGCUUGGGAUCAGGAUUUGCAAACAAUGAAGAAGAAUUAAGAGUCCUAGCUCAUCAUGCUUUGUCACAUUCUGAACAGUUAAUUAUUGAUAAAUCCUUAAAAGGCUGGAAAGAAGUUGAAUACGAAGUUGUAAGAGAUGCAUAUGAUAACUGCAUCACAGUCUGCAAUAUGGAAAACGUGGAUCCAUUGGGUAUUCACACAGGCGAAUCAAUUGUUGUUGCGCCAAGCCAAACGUUAUCUAAUCGUGAAUACUACAUGUUACGUAAUACGGCUAUUAAGGUAAUAAGACACUUUGGUAUAGUCGGUGAAUGUAAUAUUCAAUAUGCCUUAAACCCCAAUUCAGAAGAGUUUUUUAUCAUAGAAGUCAAUGCACGCUUGUCCAGAAGUUCUGCAUUAGCUAGCAAAGCUACUGGUUACCCCCUAGCAUAUGUAGCUGCUAAAUUAGCCUUAGGUAUACCACUACCAGUUAUCAAAAAUUCUGUUACUAGUGUGACCACAGCCUGUUUUGAACCAAGUUUGGAUUACUGUGUAGUUAAAAUACCCCGUUGGGAUUUAGCUAAAUUCAAUAGAGUUAGUACUAAAAUCGGAAGUUCUAUGAAAAGUGUAGGCGAAGUAAUGGCUAUUGGCAGAAGUUUUGAGGAAGCUUUUCAGAAGGCUUUGCGAAUGGUGGAUGAAAAUGUAAAUGGUUUUGAUCCUUACAUAAAAAAAGUUAACGAUAACGACUUAAGAGAACCUACUGAUAAAAGAAUGUUCAUAUUAGCUGCAGCCUUAAAAGAGGGAUAUUCAGUAAAUAAAUUAUAUGAAUUAACUAAAAUAGACCCCUGGUUUUUACAUAAAAUGAAAAAUAUUAUAGAUUAUUAUGGUAAUCUUGAGGCAAUAAAUGGAUCUAUGAGCCCAGAAAUACUUAAACAAGCUAAGAAAAUUGGAUUUUCUGAUAAGCAAAUCGCUGCGGCUGUUAAAAGUACAGAACUUGCUGUUCGGAAAUUAAGGGAAGAAUACAAGAUCACCCCAUUUGUAAAACAGAUUGACACUGUAGCAGCCGAAUGGCCAGCUUCCACUAAUUAUUUAUAUAUGACGUACAAUGGUUCUACACACGACUUAGAAUUUCCAGGGGAAUUUACUAUGGUCCUUGGAUCUGGCGUUUACAGAAUUGGUAGUUCGGUUGAAUUUGAUUGGUGUGCUGUUGGUUGUUUAAGAGAAUUAAAGAAUCAAGGUAAGAAAACAAUAAUGGUAAAUUACAAUCCAGAAACAGUCAGUACAGAUUACGAUAUGAGUGACAGAUUAUACUUUGAAGAAAUAUCCUUUGAAGUUGUUAUGGAUAUCUACAAUAUUGAACACCCAGAUGGCGUCAUUUUGUGUAUGGGAGGCCAGUUGCCAAACAAUAUUGCGAUGGACUUACAUAGACAACAAGCGAUUAUAUUAGGUACUUCACCAGAUAUGGUAGACAAUGCCGAGAAUAGAUUCAAAUUUUCUAGAAUGUUAGAUCGCAGAGGUAUAUUGCAACCACGAUGGAAAGAACUGACAAAUUUAGAGUCGGCUAUCAGUUUUUGCGAGGAAGUGGGUUACCCAUGUUUGGUUCGCCCUUCUUAUGUUUUAAGUGGUGCUGCUAUGAAUGUAGCCUACUCAAACCAAGAGCUAGAAACUUAUCUUAAAUCAGCAAGUCAAGUAAGUAAGGACUAUCCGGUGGUUAUUUCAAAGUAUAUUCUGGAUGCCAAAGAAAUUGAUGUUGAUGUUGUAGCCGCUGAUGGAAUAUUACUUUGUAUGGCUGUAUCAGAACACGUUGAAAAUGCUGGUGUUCACUCGGGCGAUGCCACACUUGUUACGCCACCACAAGACAUAAAUAAAGAAACAUUAGAAAAGAUAAAAGAUAUAGCCAGAAUAAUCGCCGAAACAUUAGAUGUCACGGGGCCAUUUAAUAUGCAACUUAUAGCGAAAGAUAACGAACUGAAAGUUAUUGAAUGUAACGUGCGAGUAUCUAGAUCAUUUCCGUUCGUUUCAAAGACACUGGAUCAUGAUUUUGUAGCUAUGGCCACAAAAGUAAUACUUGGUAUUCCUGUGGAACCCGUAGAUGUAAUGAGUGGCUGUGGAAAGGUUGGAGUAAAAGUUCCUCAAUUUUCUUUCUCACGACUCUCUGGCGCCGAUGUUACUUUGGGAGUCGAAAUGGCUUCAACUGGAGAGGUAGCUUGCUUUGGCGAAAAUCGGUAUGAAGCUUAUUUAAAGUCACUUAUGAGUACUGGAUUUAGAAUACCGAAAAAGGCGAUUUUGCUGUCUAUAGGAACCUACAAGCAUAAAAUGGAACUAUUGCCUAGUGUGAGAGUGCUACAAAACAUGGGAUACAAACUAUACGCUAGCAUGGGAACAGGAGAUUUCUACACAGAACACGGAAUUGAUGUUGAAAGUGUACAAUGGACAUUUGACCAUAUAGGAGAUCUGGACGAUGCAAGAUCGGACGGGGAAUUAAUGCACUUAGCUGACUUUAUGGCGAGAAAGCAACUAGAUCUCGUCAUCAAUUUGCCAAUGAGCGGCGGAGCUCGUCGUGUAUCUUCGUUCUCAACUCACGGGUACCGAACUAGACGACUGGCUGUUGACUACGCUGUUCCUUUGGUUACUGAUGUGAAAUGCGCUAAGCUUUUAGUACAGGCGAUGUUAAGAUGCGGCGGUGUUCCACUCAUGAAAACCCACACAGAUUGUAUGACAUCAAGAAAUAUUAUUAAAUUACCCGGAUUUAUCGAUGUUCAUGUUCACGUAAGAGAACCAGGUGCAACAUAUAAAGAAGACUUCGAUUCUUGUACAGCAUCUGCUCUUGCUGGCGGUAUAACUAUGAUUUGUGCCAUGCCAAAUACAAAUCCACCUGUGAUUGACCGUACUUCAUAUGACUACGUCGCCGCUCUCUCUAGAGUAAGCGCUCGUUGCGACUAUGCAUUAUUUGUUGGUGCCUCUACCAACAACACAGACAGCGCAGCAGAACUAGCACCACAGGCGGCAGCUUUAAAAAUGUAUCUUAAUGAAACUUAUACAACUCUUAAACUCGACGAUAUGACUGUUUGGCAAAAACACCUACAGAAUUGGCCCAAAAAAGUACCUAUCUGCGCCCAUGCCGAGAAGGAAAAAACAGGAGCUAUUAUACUAAUGGCUUCUCUUUUAGAUCGACCAAUUCAUAUCUGCCAUGUAGCAAGAAAGGAAGAAAUAAUGAUUAUAAAGGCUGCUAAAGAACGCGGCUUAAAGGUCACGUGUGAAGUCUGUCCACAUCAUUUGUUUUUAAGUACUAGAGAUAUGGACAGAAUCGGUCUGGGCCGUGCUGAGGUUAGACCAGUCUUAUGUAGUCCCGAGGAUCAGGAAGAACUGUGGAAAAAUAUGGAUAUUAUUGACAUUUUUGCUACUGAUCAUGCUCCACAUUCAGUUGAAGAGAAGAACUCAGAAAAACCUCCACCAGGUUUUCCUGGCUUAGAAACCAUUCUACCAUUGCUCCUUAAUGCUGUCCACGAAGGCCGUCUUACGAUGGAAGAUCUAAUUAAUAAAUUUCACAGAAACCCGCGAAAAAUAUUUAAUUUACCCGAACAACCGAAUACAUACGUAGAAAUUGAUAUGGAUUACGAAUGGACAAUACCCGAGGCCAUGGAAUUCACAAAAUCAAAAUGGACUCCGUUUGCGGGUAUGCAUGUGUGCGGCUCUGUUCAUCGCGUCACUUUACGUGGCGAAAUAGCCUACGUAGAGGGACAAAUUUUAGUACCACCAGGAUUUGGACAAAAUGUACGAGAUUGGCCAGCACCAAAAAAACAAACGUUCCCUAUAUAUCCGAUUGAAAAGAUUGAAAAAGAAACCAGCCGACCAAAUUCAGCUUUAGACUUCCACAGCUCACUAGAAAUUAGUAAAUAUAGUGACUAUGAAUUGGAUCAAGCAGAACCAGGCAAGACAGAUAAUAAAUUAAACGUUCAUUUCAAUGAGAACACUGGUUUAAGAAGCACCUCUCCUUUACCGCCUACUACAAGACAGAGAUGCGACAGUACUUCUAUAUACCCUUCACAAGUUACAUCGUCACAACGGCAGCGUAGCGAUUUAUUUGGAAAAAGUAUUUUGACCGUUGAUACGUUCAGUAAAGAUACACUGAAUGACAUUUUCAAUUUAGCCCAAUAUAUGAAAACCAACGUAAGUAAGGGUAGAUGUCUCGAUGAUUUAUUGCGAGGCAAGGUGAUGGCAUCCGUAUUUUAUGAAGUCAGCACUAGAACCAGUUGUAGUUUUUCUGCAGCUAUGCAGAGACUUGGUGGUUCUGUGAUACAUACUGACGCCACAAACUCGUCUGCUAAAAAGGGGGAAACUUUAGAAGACAGUGUUGCCGUGAUGGCUAGUUACUCUGACAUAGUUGUACUCCGGCAUCCUGAACCUGGAGCCGUUGCUCGUGCUUCAAGACAUAGUCGUAAACCUAUUAUUAACGCUGGAGAUGGUGUAGGUGAACAUCCCACUCAAGCGUUGCUUGAUAUUUUCACUAUAAGAGAAGAAAUUGGUACUGUGAAUGGUCUAACUAUAACCAUGGUUGGCGAUUUGAAGAAUGGCCGGACUGUACAUUCCCUAGCUCGCCUACUUACAUUGUACCAAGUACAGUUGCAAUAUGUCAGUCCCCCUGGAUUGGGAAUGCCAAAACAUAUAAUGGACUAUGUGGCUUCUAAAGGUGUUCCUCAAAGAGUGUAUGAGAAACUGGAAGAUACUCUAGCUGAUACACACGUAUUGUAUAUGACCAGGAUCCAACAAGAAAGAUUCGAAAGCCAAGAGGAGUAUGAGAAGAUACGUGGCCUGCUAGUGGUUACUCCGCAAUUGAUGACCAGGGCAAAGCGUCGCAUGGUUGUGAUGCACCCUUUGCCUCGAAUUGAUGAAAUUUCACCUGAAUUUGAUACAGAUCCUCGAGCUGCCUACUUCAGACAGGCGGAAUACGGCAUGUAUGUGCGUAUGGCACUACUCGCUAUGGUGGCUAGCGUGAAUCCUUUAAUUUAAUAAAACGUGUAACUAUAUUUAUAUAGUAUAUUUUCACCA